AUGUGGGUGGGCAGAAGGCGUUUUAUCUCCCAGCGCUGCUCUCUAGACUUUUUAGAAGACAUAGUGGAAUAUGCCAGUGUACGAAGAGCCAAGCACAUAUCUGGGUCUCCACGACACAAAAGUUUGAAGAAGAUGCACUUCAUCAAGAACAUGAGGCAGUAUGACACCAAGAACAGCAGGAUAGUGUUAAUCUGUGCUAAACGAACUCUGUGUGUGGCUUUUUCUAUCCUACCUUACGGGGAGAGUUUACGGAUCAGUGAUCUAAAGAUGGAAGGACAGAAGCAGCGACAUCCUUCUGGGGGAGUUUCAGUCUCCACUGAGAUGGUGCUUGGACUGGAAGGAGUAGAGCUGGGUGCUGAUGGCAAGGUUGUGUCCUAUGCAAAUUUCCUGUACCCAACAAACGCCCUGGUUGUUCGCAAAGCCGACAGCUACGUUGCUGUUCCCUCCUGCCGAGCUACUGCUUCCCGGAGUCUUCCUGGAUCCAGAUACAAACCUGUGACAGCAAAAACGAUACCAGCAGGAACAGAGAUGGGAAGUGAAGCUGGAGAAGCUACAGAGUAUGAUCCAAAUAUUCUGGAUGAUCCUCAGUGGCCCUGUGGAAAACACAAACGUGUUCUCAUCUUUGCCUCUUACAUGACUACAGUCAUAGAGUAUGUGAAACCCUCGGACCUUAAAAAGGAUAUGAAUGAAACCUUUAGAGAGAAGUUUCCUCAUAUCAAGUUGACACUGAGCAAAAUUAGGAGCUUGAAGAGAGAGAUGCGGAACCUGAGCGAGGAGUGCAGCCUGGAGCCCGUCACUGUCUCCAUGGCUUAUGUUUACUUUGAGAAGCUUGUCCUCCAAGGCAAACUCAACAAACAGAACCGCAAACUGUGCGCUGGUGCUUGUGUUCUGCUUGCAGCCAAGAUCAGCAGUGAUCUCAGGAAACAUGAAGUGAAACACCUUAUCGAUAAACUAGAAGAGAGAUUCAGAUUCAACAGAAGAGAUCUGAUUGGUUUUGAAUUCACCGUCCUUGUAGCUUUGGAACUGGCUCUUUAUCUUCCUGAAAACCAAGUGUUACCUCAUUACAGACGACUCACACAACAGUCCUAACCCCAGCUGGGCUCCAGCUGGCAGCCAGUGGGCCUGGGGAUCCCAGCCCUGGAAUCUGCUGGGGAAGUUGCCACUGGCAACUGGAUCCUGCCAUGGCUACAGCUAGUCCUGGAGUCUGCAGCAUGUUCCUGAACUCUGGAGGUGUGCACUAUGGAUGCCCAGUCUGGGGAUGGUACGAGGAGAGUUACUGAACUUUCUUUUCUUUUGGACAUUUAAAGCACAAACACUCACCAGUCAGCUGUCCUGGCUGCUUAUUAGUCCUUAUUUAUCCUUUCAGUUUUACUAAAACUGUUCUUCCCUAUGAAGAAUACUAUGGUAUUGUUUGUUUAUUAUUUUUUUUAAGCCUUUAUUGUAUUCCUUGAAACUAAAGGAAGCAUCACUUCCAUUCCAGUGCGCC